GGGAUUACACUUGUAGACUGAAGUAUUUUGCCGUGGUCUCCUGGAUCUUCAGAGAAAUUGACAGUCCCAGCAGCAGCCGUUGCUCAAAUAGCAGGGCAACAAAAGACGUCCAUGUCUGAGACCAAUGGCCCUGCGAUCGGACAAUCCUGGGCCUCCAGCGAUGACAGCGAAGAAGAACCAAAGAAGCUGGAGCCGAUGUCGACGAGCUGGAACGAGCUGUCCAUCAUCGAGCGAGUUGGCCUGAACAGCGCGGAGAUGUCAGAAGCCGAUCUGGAGGCAAGAACAAUGGCUGGCCGUCAAACUCUUUCAAAGCUUUGGCUGUUCUCUGCAGUGUGGACGUUGCUCUUCCAGGCCGCCUUCUCGCAGAUCGCCAUGGCCUUCCGCUGCGACCAGUACACUCUGAAGCAGCGGCUGCAGGCAGAAGAGCACGCCCGCAACCUGGCGGAGGAGAACAUCCAGCUGGAGCUGUCCCGAGGCAGAGAGACUCUGGAGACUCUCAAAGGUCUUUGUUUGGACAGCAAGCGCAGCAAGAUCCUGCAGCGCUUGGAACUUUCUCUGGACAUUCUGGCGGGUACAGUGGAACGGAUCUCGAGCACGGCCGAGGUGCUGGGUGCUGUUCACCAGGAGGCGAGAGUCAGUCGGGCAGUGGAGCUGAUGGUGGCCCAUGUCCAGAACCUGAGAAGGAGCCACCACCGACACAAGACGGAACUGCAAGAGGCCCAGAAGACAAUCCAGCGUCAGAGCUCUUGCAGAAACCUCCCGCGAAACUCGGACUCUCCAGAUCUGCUGGACAGUGACACAGUGAAAGAGAAUUUCAAGCCGAACUGCAGCCGUCGACGGGUCAGUGUUUCGUUGCUGCCCAAUCAGAUCCAGGAGAAAGUGAAGCAGAAUCCUAAAAAGCCUCCCACCACUGACGGCUCAACGUGUGGCUCAGUUUCCAGCUGCAAGGACGACAGCUGUCCAACGGAGAGCAGGCUCACAGGUUCAGCUGAAGCAGCAGCUCGGCCUCCAGACUCUUGUCCCAAUCCGGGGAAAGUCGUGACUCCCAGAAAGAUCCACCACAAAAGUGUUCCGGCCGAGGCUCUACGGCACAGACACAGGAACAAACCCACUCUGACUAAAAGGAAGGCCGACAAAGACCAGGCCGGUCGCCACGUCCCCGUGGCACCAGCUGCCUCCGUGUGGAAAAGGCUUCCUCUGUCUCUGCUCCUUUUCUCACUCCUUGUGGGGAUGACACUGGUCUGUCUUUUGUGGAAACAUCACCUGGACGCUCUCGAACCCGGGGAACCUGUUGUCACCUGAAUGGAUGAGUUGCCGGGCGCUGGAGACGACACUUCUCAUUUUGUUGCUGUUGUCUGUUGCUGUGUGUGAAGUGUGGGACGGAGGUCAAUUUGGUACCCCCAUCUAUGUAUAUAUAUAUAUAUAUCGAUAUAUAACAUGGCAUUUACAGUUCAUGGGAGCGGGUGUGUAAUUCGACCACUAGGUGGGGCUAUGAUGCACAGGUGCUGUCGCUUCGUCAUCAGUCUGUGACGACACCUGGUGAUGGGCGGCUGAACUUGUCAGUGGUCUUUGUGCAGGUGAACCCCUGACACACGCUGACCACCCAGGAAGACGAGUGGUCUGGAGAUGCAGUCCCGCAUCUUCA